CCGUUUGCCGUGCCGUCAUACUUGAGAAUAAAUCAAGAAACUAGUCUGCACACAUUGCUUCCCAGUUUUACCAUUAGGCUGUCAAUCCCACUUGAAAAAGGUACCUUUCAGGGGCCGGUUGCUCGAAGCCUGGUUAGCGCUGACCGUUGGUUAAGAGGUAUCAAAAUGUAUAGGUUUCCAUGGUAUUUAACGCUGGUUAGCACUAACCAUGCCUCGAGCAACACGGGCCAGGACUCUACUGCAAAGAUUUUUAAUUAAUAGCCUUCCUGGUCACUUGAAAAUUUGUAAUAAUCCCAGACAUUUUUACGAGGAAGUUAAAUCAUUUCUUCUUUCCAGAUCGAGUGCGCACUUAGGAUUCCUAUUGUAA